CUCAAGCUCACACGCCAUCCACUCGGCAUCAUGAAGGUCUCCGGGGCUGCCCUUGCCGUCCUUCUCUGCACCAUGGCCCUCUGCAGCCCGGUCUUCUCUGCACCGGUUGGUGCUGACACCCCGACCGCCUGCUGCUUCUCCUAUGUCUCCAAGCCAAUUCCACGUAAAUUCGUAGUCAACUACUAUGAGACCAGCAGCCAGUGCUCCAAUCCCGGUGUCAUCUUCCUAACCAGAAAAGGCCGGGAGGUCUGCGCCAACCCGAGUGAGGCCUGGGUCCCAGAAUACAUCAACGACCUGGAGAUGAACAGCUGAGCGGCCUGGAAGCUUUGAGGAACCCAGUGACCUUGGUGGGCCAACGGGAAGCAGGGGCCCGAGCCUUGGAAACACUCAUUACCUCCACAGCUACCUCUUCUGUGGGCUGGUUGUUACCCAACACCCACACUCUGGGACUCUUCCUAACUUAAAUUACAACUUAUUUAUACUAUUUAAUUUUUCUAAUUUAUUUUGAAUGUCAUGUUGUGUUUGCAACUGUUUUCUCCAAGAGACCUCAGGACACCUUCUUCACCACCCUCCCAUCCCCCUUUACUUGCACUAUGAUCGAUGACAAUCGCACCACUAUCCUCAGUUUGUUCUGGGCGGAGGUGCUGUUAAAGCUGCCAGACUGUCAAACGUGUAUGAAAUGUUUCUGUUCAUUGCUAUGUU